ACACUUAUUUAGAUACAUCACAACUCUCGAGCUCCCCAAGGAGCCCGCAAUUGAUGCAUGUUGUCCUAAGAUGUGAAUGCGCCAGGUUUUACUCCGCGGUCUUGUGCCUUCCCAGGUCAUCCUUACCUCGCUGGCGCCUGCCGAUCCAAUCACCGGACGGCUCCGACGACUGCGUGUACACUAUGCAGCAUUUCAAACCUUGCGAACUUCAACUUGGACUUCACCUUCAAUAUCAGCCGCCACCACCACCUUCAUCCCCCCAUUUCCACCAAUCAUUCGCAUCACGAGUAGCACGUGACCUAGCAAGAUGACGAUCAUUGAGGAUGUUCCUGGCGUUGAAAUUGCGGUCCAGAUUGGCGGCGCCGAUGUCGUCGAGUACGAUGCCCUUGAUGCAGAUGGCGAUGAACCCGUCUGUCCCACCAUCACCAAGUACAUCGAAUGCAUCGAUGAUGCUCAUUUCGUCAUCCGAACCAGGAUUGAUAAUUUCUACCAUUGGGGAUACAAGGAUCAUGUCUUAUCCCUUCAGCUCUACAUCGAUGGAACGUGGAUCAAUGCUCGUAUCUGUCGAGCCUCGGAUACUCGCCGCACUGGUUACAGAGAAAACAAAAUCUCCGGCCGUGAGGAGCCCAGCGGUCCAAACGGGCAAUGGGUACUCCGCAAGUUCAAGUUCAGCUCCGUACAUACUGUGGACGACUCGAAGAGAGAGCGGGUCGAGAAGGAUCGCGAGAUAGCCAAGAACCUUGGAGUCAUUGAGGUGAAGGUCAGACGUGGCACUGACUAUGGGCUCAUUGAGUUGCGGCAAAAUACAAUCAAGAACAAGAAAUUUGAGAUCGCCGAGAAGGCUCUCAAGGGCAAGGCUAUCUCUCACGGAACUGCGUUGACUGCGGGUGAUGUGGUUGCUGCUCCCAAUUAUGUUGACUUCAGAUACCUGCCAGAGGAUGGUGAUCGACCUAUUGCAGUUUACAAAUUUCUCUACCGAUCUAGAGAAGCUUUAAAGCGAGAGAUUAUCAUUCCUCGGACGCCGCCACCCCGUUCACCGACUCUCGCUGCCCUGUCCGAGGCUGAGAGAGAUAGGCUGGCCAGAGAAAGACUUGAGGAACUUCGGCAUGCCAGAAUCAAGAGUGAGAAUGGUGCGAUAAAGCGGGAAUUUGGCGAGGUGUAUGAUCUAACGAUGGACAACGUGCCUAAGAGGCCUAAACUGGGCCCUGGCGAGGUCAUUGAUCUCACGGAUGAUUGAGUUAAAGGCGAUGGAGGGUUGGGGAAAGGAAGGCGCAUACACACGGAGCAGCUUUUUCGGGUGACUACAAAUGAUGAUACCAUGGCUCUCUUGUUUCUAUUUCACGGCGUCACAUUGCCACCACACUGCACCUUGCAAGAUAUGCAAGAGAGAAAUUUAUGGGAUAAUACAAAUUCCAUCAGACUCCACGCAUUGCCACAAGUCCGCACAUGCCGCAGCCAGUCUCAAGCUGCCCAGAAAUAUCAC